UCAAUUUUGUUAUCUUUUUUUAUUUUUUUUCAAUUUAAAGUUUGCAUUUUUUUUUUUUUUGGUUGAAGAUGAUGCAACAGCAAAGGCUGAAACAACAGCAAGGAUUGAUGCAACAAUCCCUUUAUCAUCCUGGUCUCAUAGCAUCCCCUCAGAGCCCAUCUUGAGUGGAAAUCUGCCUCCUGGAUUUGAUUCAACUACUUGCAGGAGUGUUGAAUAGCUCGGAAUAAAAUAAAGAAGGCCCGCUUCGUUUCAGAAGUCUUAAAUGAUUUGAGGCACAAAAUCUGUCGUAGAUGUGAACAUGCCACCGAAGGGAAGACAGUGACCAUGACUUGCCACUUGACAUUCCCCAAAAAGAAGCCGAACACUAGCCUUUUCCCAAUUAACCUAUCAACUAUUGGCGAAGCCUGAAGAUGAAAUUACAGCCUGAUCAUUUAAUCAUCGUUCCAAAUUGCUGCUGCUUGGAAAUAGAAAAUGCCAUUCUGGCAAUCUACCCUUAUGUGUGACAAUAUACUCAUUUGUAUCUCAAUAUUGAUGCAAGCACCCACAUACAAGUAUGUUGGAAACAUCAGUUCUCAAGUCACGGAACAACUUCUUCAAGAGGUUUUCUCAAGUACCGGUCCCCUUGAGGGUUGUAAGCUUAUAAGGAAGGACAAGUCGUCCUAUGGGUUUGUGGAUUAUUUUGAUCGCCAAUCAGCUGCGCUUGCUAUUGUGAGCCUCAAUGGAAGGCAAUUGUUUGGACAGUGUAUAAAAGUUAACUGGGCUUAUGCCAGUGCUAAAAGAGAGGACACAUCAAAUCAUUUUAGCAUAUUUGUUGGUGAUCUUAGUCCGGAGGUUACAGAUUCCACACUGUUUGCGUGCUUUUCAGUAUACCCUAGCUGCUCAGAUGCAAGAGUGAUGUGGGAUCAGAAAAUAGGCCGGUCUAGAGGGUUUGGGUUUGUUUCCUUUCGUGAUCAGCAGGAAGCCCAAAGUGCAAUAGAUGACUUGAAUGGAAAGUGGCUUGGAAGCCGACAAAUCCGCUGCAACUGGGCAGCAAAAGGUGCUGGAGCCAGUAAUGACAACCGGAGUUCAGAUGCUAAAAGUGCUGUUGAGUUGACAACUGGAACAUCAGAUGAUGGUCAACUGAAGGCCAACGAAGACGCUCCAGAAAAUAAUCCGCAGUACACAACUGUAUAUGUUGGCAACCUUGCUCCUGAUGUCACUACCAUUGACCUCCAUCGUUAUUUUCAUGCUCUUGGGGCUGGUGUUAUUGCUGAUGUCCGUAUUCAGCGAGACAGAGGAUUUGGCUUUGUACGAUACAGCAAUCAUGCUGAAGCAGCUCGAGCAAUUCAAUUAGGAAAUGCUCGAAUCCUCUUUGGUAAACCUAUUAAGUGCUCAUGGGGAAGCAAGCCAACUCCACCAGGAAGCAGCACGAACCCUCUACCACCUCCUGUUAUCAGACAACUCCCUGGUAUUUCAGCCAUGGGUCUUGCGAUGUACGAGAGGCAGGUUGCUUUGGCUAGGAUGACUGGUAUGCAGACUCUCAUGCAACACCAGGGACAGCGAAUUGGCGUUGCUAGUCAGGUUCUGUAUGAUGGUGGCAUUGCUUCCCCGCAGCCACCGGUAUACUACUAGUUGUUGAUUCAAUAAAAACUUGUAAACACCUGUUGUUGUUAGUUCUCUGUGCUAUUUUAAGUGAUAGAAUCCUCCUCUCUUUUUUUUUUAUCUAUUGUUAGUUUUCUUUAGCUUCCUUUAAUACCAUCAGACAGAAUGUAUUGGAUAUGUAGUCUGUAUUCUGUUUGAGAAUGAAAGUUAUAAUAUCUCUUUGGAAAUACAAUCACUUCAUUGGAUUAUCA